AUGACUCCCCCGAGGCUUGCAACGUCACUAACGUUACUCGCUAUCAGUGUAACUGCCUCUGACUGGCAUGGUGUAUCGCCUGAAUUACAGCAAAAGCUUCGUAUCGCAUCGAGUUUUACCUGUGACAAUGGACAGCAGCGUCUUGAUCUUUUGCAGUUAAAUGACAACUAUUGUGACUGUGAAGACGGUAGCGAUGAGCCCGGUACGUCGGCAUGCUCACAUACAGCCGCUGUCUUUCACUGUGUCAAUGCUGGAUACUUUUCUGCUGAUAUCCCAACGUCACGCGUCAAUGACGGCGUCUGUGACUGCUGUGACGCCUCGGACGAGUACGCAAGUGGUGCGUCCUGUGCUUCGAAUUGUUACAAAGUGAUGCAGAGCUUCAAAGCGGACAAGAGUGACCUGAUUGAGCAGGUGGAACAUGGACUGAAAGAUCGUGUUGCAUUGGUGACGAAGGCCCAGAAACUUUGGGACGAAGAGGAGAAGAAAAAGCAGCAGCUUGAGACUUCUACUACGUCACUACGUAUGAUAGUGGAGCAAGUAGAAGUGAGGAAGCAGCAGGAGGAACGUCUGGAACAGGAAGAGAAAGAGCGUCUUGUUGCAGCGCGUAAACAUGAAAUUGUGACUCAAUUGGGACUACUGGAUCUGACGAAAGAGCAGCUGGCAUCAAUCAUUGUGGAGAUUGGACGUGGGGGCAUGUCGGCCAAGCAAGAGCUGCUGUCGAUUAUUCGGAAAGAACGCGAGGAGACGCAACGUAUUGAGAAGGCGAUCGAACAGCGUCGGAAAGACAAGGAAGAGAAGGCUAAAGAAGCAAAGGAAGCACUUGAGAAAGCAGCGGCUGCUGCUGACGAUGACGAAACUGAGGAGGAAGACUUGACGCUGCCCGAAGUAGAGAGACAUCCUUUUGAUCUUCUGUAUGACGAGCUGGCUGCCAGCGAGCGCUAUGAACGAAACCAAGCUGCAGUGGUCCGGAAGCUGCACGAAAGUAAAAAGGAAGAGCUCAAGGAGGAGGAAAACAAGCUCAUUGAGGUGCAAAAGUUGCUGGACAAAGACUAUGGUGUAGACAACCUAUUCUUUGGAUUGCGCGACGAGUGUGUGGAAUCCGACGCUGGACAGUACAAAUACAAGGUCUGCUUCUUCGGUAAGGCGACUCAGGACUUUACCAAGCUGGGCGAUAUGGAGGACAUUAAAGGUCUCAAGAUGUCAGACGGCAAGGGAUCUGGUAAGAGCUCUUCUAUCUCACCUGAAGACUUUGGAACUAUUGUGAAAGAAAUCAAGUUCUCGAAUGGCGAAAAUUGCUGGAAUGGCCCAAAGCGAUCGCUGACAGUGAAACUGGAAUGCGGUCCAGAGCCGAUGAAGCUCUAUGACAUUGAGGAGCCCAGUACCUGCGUAUACAUUGCAAAAUUACGCACACCGGCUGUAUGUAGUGAGGACGAUCGUGAACGGAUCCUGACGUCAAGUGACGCACGAAAUGCACCUCAUCACAUUGAGAUUGAGGUUCCGCCCACGCUGUAA